AUGGGCAUCAUCAUAUCAACCCCAAUGUAUCCGAGCUACAGCGAGGUUCUCCAAUCGGGCUUGUCUUCACCAAAUGCUGGCCUCGGAAGUCUUAUCACUCUCCCUCGAGAAAUACGUGACCUUGUUUACGAGCAGAUACUUGUCACCGAUGACUUCGUCAACCGCCAGAUCGAUGCAGAGACCUACCGGAUAGCCGACCCCAUCACACGCAAAGACAACCUGCCGGCCAUCCUUCGGGCUUCUCAUCCCCUCUGUCGGGAAGUAGCAUUGGUCCUGAUUCGAAAGAAUGCCUUUGUCAUCCGCAGCUACAGCUCCAAUCAAUUCCUAAUUCGCUUCCUCAGAUCGAUUCCGGAUAAGAAUGGCUUUACGAGUAUCAGAGAGCUCCACUUCACGUCCUUCCAGCACUUCCCUGGAGGUCUAGAGUCUGCAGACCUCAAGCUCGCGAAGCAAUGCACGUCACUGCGCAAAAUCAAGCUCACUUUCCAUGUGUCGAAGCUUCGGAAGCCAUUCGGUCCUGAUAGCUUCUCUUACACCGGAAAGGAUGUGUCUGAGUUGGUCAGCCACUACAAGAUGACCGAACUGUUAGAGUGCAGGAUGUUGAAACAUGUUGUUCUGGAUGGUAUUGAUGCGUCGUGGACACAUGGAAGCUUGGAGGGAGGUGCAUCUCUGACGCAGGUGCUGCAUAGCCUGGCGCAGUGGAUCCGGGAUGAAUUUCUGGAGCGCAAGAUGCAGGUCGUGGUUGAUGUUACCUGGCGUUAG